AUGCCCAACAGUAACGCAUCCCUGUCAAGUGAAGACGCCGUGGGGCAACCUGUGCCCCUCAAGGCGACGCCAGACAUAACGGCGGCCCUGUGCUCGGACUAUGCUGGUCGCCUGCUGCGUGCCACGCCAGAAAACGCUGAAAUUCGGGUGUUGCGGACGCAGUCAGCCGAAAAAUUUCGUGCUCUGUGCUUGGUGCAAUUAUCGUUUUUGAUUGACGUGCCGCUGGAUUUAUUUCAUGACACUAGCGAGGAUAGCCGAAAUCCUUCAACGCCCUCCACCCUUAAAAGGAUGUUUUUGCGAAAUCGCAUCAGUCCCGAAGGUGGGUUCAGUAGAUCAGGCAUCAAAUACACAUUAUGA